CAGAGAGCCUGUUCUUCUCUGCGCAUUAGGAUCAAGUGCUAUCUAAACAUGAGUUCCCACCAGCAGAAGCAGCCAUGCACUGCACCCCCUCAGCUGCAACAGCACCAGGUGAAACAGCCUUGCCAGCCACCACCCUCGGAACCUUGUGUCCCCAACACCAAGGAGCCUUGCAACCCCAAGGUUCCUGAGCCCUGCAACCCCAAGGUUCCAGAGCCCUGCCAGCCCAAGGUUCCAGAGCCCUGCCAGCCCAAGGUUCCAGAGCCCUGCCAACCUAAGGUGCCUGAGCCCAGCCAGCCCAAGGUGCCUGAGCCUUGCCAGCCUAAGGCGCCUGAGCCCUGCCACCACAAGGCACCUGAGCCCAGCCACCACAAGGCACCUGAGCCUUGUCACCCCAAGGCACCCGAGCCCAGCCACCACAAGGCACCUGAGCCUUGCCACCCGGUUGUUCCUGAGCCAUGUCCCUCAAAUGUCACUCCAGAACCAUAUCAGCAGAAGACAAAACAGAAGUAA